UACACGCCCAAAAGUUUAUUGCUUCGGCUUUUAGUGACUACGAGACCUUCCGAUGUGAAGUCUCUCUCAUAAUAUCACACACCCAAUGGUCCAUUUCUUUGAUUCCUUUAUAUCCAUCGAAGAUUCAUUCUUGUCUCCUUCAAUUCUGGCAAUUCUUAUUCAUGAAAAAAUAGAGAGACAUGGUGAGAGAGAGUCGAGAAGAGGAUGGGCUCUCAACAGGCUCUCUGCUUCUCAUAGAAGCCUCAAAUUGUGGCAGUCACGUCGGCUCUGUAUCUUCCAGUGAUUCUUCUGUUACGGUUCUUCUCGGAUUUAGCACACUGGUCUCUGUUUGCGGGUCUUUUGUGACAGGAUGCGCUGUGGGUUAUUCAUCACCAGCUAUGUCAGGUAUAAUGGAAGAUCUGGGACUUUCGGUAGCAGCAUAUUCACUUUUUGGUUCGAUGCUGACAAUUGGAGGACUAGUCGCAGCUUUAAUAAAUGGAACCAUGACAGAUGUGCUUGGUCGAAAGCGCACAAUGUGGCUUUCUCAAGUACUUUGCACAGCUGGAUGGCUUUCUAUAGCACUCACCAAGAAUGCUUGGUGGCUGGAUGCUGGAAGAGCAUUAAUAGGAUUUGGCGUUGGGGUCACAAGCUAUGUGGUACCUGUAUACAUUGCGGAAAUAACACCUAAAAAUGUUCGGGGAGCAUUUGGUUCACUCAAUCACCCUAUUUUUCUUGAGAUGCAGUGCAUGAACGCCUGUGGCUUUUCAUUGACAUACUUUGUUGGAACUAUUGUUUCCUGGCGCACCUUGGCUCUGAUUGGUGGAAUUCCUUGUGUGAUACAAAUUUUCAGUUUAUACUUCAUACCAGAGUCUCCUAGAUGGUUGGUAAAAGUGGGUCGAGAACAGGAGUUUGAAGCUGCCUUACAGAGACUCAGAGGCAAAAGUGCUGAUAUUUCCCAGGAAGCAGCUGACAUCAUGUUCCACACAGAAACCUUUGAAAGGCAAUCUCACUCAAGAUUUCUAGAUGUGUUUCAAAGAAGAUAUGCUCAUUCACUCACAAUUGGACUUGGACUGAUGAUGCUUCAACAGUUGGGUGGAGCCAGUGCUUUCUCGUACUAUGCAAGCUCCAUUUUUGAAUCAGCUGAUUUUUCAAGUAGCAUUGGCACCAGGAGCGUGGCUAUUGUCCUGAUUCCAGCAUCUGCAAUUACUGUAAUCUUGACAGAUAAGGCUGGACGACGACCACUUUUGAUGGUUUCUACUGCUGGAAUGUGCUUGAGCUGUUUAAUACUAGGAUUGUCAUUUUACAUGCAGGAUCUGCACAAUUUCAAGGAUGUCACUCCAAUUUUGGUUUUCCUGGCUAUAUUGGCAUAUUUUGUAUUUCUCUCAGUCGGCAUGUCGGGACUGCCAUGGGUUCUAAUGUCCGAGAUAUUUCCAGUAAAUGUAAGAGGGAGAGCAGGAAGCAUUUUGACGUUCGCCCACUGGUCCUGUUCCUGGAUCACGAGCUACACUUUCAACUUCAUGUUUGAAUGGAGCACGGCCGGAACAUUUUUCAUAUUUACAGGCAUUUGCGGUUUAGCGAUCCUGUUUACUGCGAAGUUAGUGCCAGAGACCAAAGGGCAAACACUGGAAGAAGUGCAAGCAUCGCUUGUUCAUAUUUCUGCAGUGAGUUAAAGUAAUGCGAUCUCCUGUAAGUCUUAACAACAUUGCAAUUGCGCCUAUUGGGAUGUCAAAAGACUUCUGUAGUAUCAACAUUUUGUUCCUGAUUGCAAACUGUGAAUGCCAACGUGUAAUAGGAAGAGCAAAAGCAUUGUGAUCUCCUUUUCCUUGUGCUGAGUGAUUGAUUUUACCGAGCUA